CGAGUCUUCCUUCAGUCCAUCAACGAAUAUCAUCAGCCAGAAAUAUGCACCUGGAGAUACAAGUUGCGCUCAAUUUUGUGAUCUCUUAUAUGUACAACAAGCUGCCAAGACGGCGAGUUAAUAUAUUUGGAGAAGAACUUGAAAAAGCGCUUAAAGCCAAGUUCGAGGGUCACUGGUAUCCAGCAAAACCCAUGAAAGGAUCCGCAUUCCGGUGCAUCAAAACCGGCGAUCCUAUCGAUCCUGUGCUGGAGAAGGCUGCGAGAGAAGCUGGCAUGGAGAUCAGAGAGAUCAAGGAAAAUCUUCCUGAAGAUCUUGCUGUCUGGGUAGAUCCUGGUGAGGUCUCUUACCGCAUUGGUGAGAAAGGACUCAUCAAGAUCCUAUACUCGGAAGCAGCAGAAUCCGCCACGCAGGAAGAAAGUUUAGACAAAGAAGUCACGAAGACCUUUAAUCCUGAAGCGCAAUGCUUCAAACCAAUUGACAACCUGAGUUCGUCUCUCAGCAGCAUGUCCAUCAGCCCAAAGUCAUCGUCCCCCUACUCCUCCAAUUCUCCAACCCCUCCUUUCAAAACACGCGAGGCUUCGCCUAUUUCGGCUUUUCUACCCAAGACCGCGGCUCCUUUAACCUUCACAACGGCCACGUUCGCACAAACCAAGUUUGGUUCUACUAAAUUAAAGACGAGCACAAAACGCGCAAACCGCAUGUCACCAACUGAAUUUUCGAAUUACAUCAAACAACGCCAACUUAUUCAACAACAGCAGCACCAGCAACAGCAGCACCACCAGCAGCAGGCAGCUGUCGGAGCCCCUGGAUUUGUCGGCCAAUUCGGUGGCUCUCGUCCGAGGUCGCUGAGUCCAGCACCUCCCCUCGACCCGAACCUUUACCUCCAAAGCAACGGUGGACCAGCCUCAUCUUACAGCCCCUGGAGUCGUGGUGUCUUCGACCAAGGAUUCCACUCGGCUUCAUUUUUCACUGAUCUCAUGCCCAUGUCGAACCACUGCCCCGGCGCAAAACUUCCCCCUGGUUUUGAAGCCAUGACCAGCUCAGGCUCCGGCCUCGUAGGCAUGCCUGGACCGUCCGGGAACGGCGGAGCUGUCAUCGCAGGUGGAGUGAACGGAGGCGACAAGAACUCUGCUAUCAACGAUGGAGUCUACUCGGCACCUCAAUAUCAGCACCUCUUGCUUGCUAAUUGAGGUCUUCAGAAGAUAAGACCGUCUCAUGUAACAACAGUUAGCUUAUAAUGACCGUCAUGCAAAUAGCUUUACAAGAGUAAGAUUACGUCAAGAUAGCAAAACCACCAUUCAUCACCGAUCAGUCAUUUGAAAAAUUGUCGUCUAUUUCUUUGAUAUAACGCUACCAUGAUCCUUUUCACCAGAAUCAAAACUAUAAAACUGUACGAAGCGGUUCCUAUCCAUUGCUGGCCUGCUAUAGAUCGUCAUAAAUGGAUUCACUUUAAGUGGUCACUGCACUUUUCCUGUGAACCUAUUUAAUACUGGUAUCGUCUAAGGCUUCAUGGCUUCCCGCUCGAUUGUGUCUAAUCUUUUUUGAAGCUCUCGUUUUCCUUUUGUCAUAGACGUCAUAUUUCAGCUGAAAGUAUCCAUAUAGUUUUACAGCUCCUUAGAGUUCACUUUCUCAAGAUAUCGGCUUGACAUCUAGUCCAGAUACUUCCAAGCUGGAAAACUACGUAAUGAAUAUAUGAGCCUUAGAAAGAGCAUGUCGUCGUAAAACUUCAUCUGACUCAACCUUUUCUAGUUUUGUACUGCCUGAAAUGUAGAUGGUUUGGGUUGUUUAGAGAUUUAUUGAGUAUUUGACUAAUGUUGCUGCUCCAUCUAUACACUAUGCUUUGUGGCUCAUUUUGUACGUGCCUGUGUAUUGUGAGUAGCUGUACAUUGCUUGUUUGUAACGAUACGAGUGUCAUCAUAGAUAAAUUUAAUUAGAAGGGUUAGACACCAUGCGGUUGUGAAUUGUACAUAUUAUUUGUAGCAGUGGAAGUUGAGGUCGUCUUAGACGGUCAUAGACUCAUUCACUUCUUCCCCAUCACUCACAGAUAGUCUCAUAUAUUUUUCAUACUUGUAAAUCUUUUUAUCUGAAUACUACCGUUUCUAUUUGGAGGUACGGAUCGAUCUUUUUGUGAUAACGACAGUGUGAUAGAGGCUCGCCGUAACGGACUAGUACAAACGUCCCAGUGUCUGUCGUCCCUCCGAGUCCAAAGACCUUCGAAUUUUCUCUACCAGCCUCGCCGUGUCCUUCUCCACUUUCGGAGGCGUUCACGCGAGGCUCCGAAGACCAACGAGAGAGGAGGUCAAAAAGGAGGCGCCAUGACCAGAUGGUUUCAACAAAAAGUUGCAGGUUCGAUUACUCGUUUGAUCGGCAUAAGGGGUUUCGCUUGGAUCCUUGCAUUUUGCCUUUUCCAUCAGCUAUUAUGAAGAAGGUUGAAAUACUAAAUAUGUAUCACUGAAAUUUUCAGCAUUUCGUUCAGAGACCGAAUAUUCCUCGAUUGAGGUUGUCACUUGUACUUUGUGAGUCAUUGCACCGCCCUGAGGUAGCAAUUCUUUCUUGAACCUGACACCAUCUGUUGAAAUAUCGAAUAAUUAAACUAUUGCAAAACGAUAUCUUUCGAGUAAGUACGGUCUGGGCCUAGACUCAGACGCUAAAAAACUAAGUCUAGGAAAUAGCUUGUAGUGCUCCGUUGUUUAACAACAC